AUGCCUUCAACCGAGUAUCACCGACUUUCGACGUCCCGGGACGACGAUCUGGACAAUGUCUCUCUGGCCAACCGGGAAGAAUGUGUCCCGCUAAAGAAAAAAUCUCUUUUCAUUUGUGUUUUAGAGGUCUUGGCUGUGGCCCUGGGGCUAGGUGCCUACACGGCGGCGGUGCUGUAUUAUGCGCAGGAGUUCAUUCACAAGCCCUACUGUCCACGAUUUGCGGCAAAUGAUACGGUUCACUUGUGGGACAAAAUCGGGUACAAACCCAUGUCCUUCAACCCAGCCACGCCACACCACUCCGACUCCUUCCUCGGCAGCCCAAGCGCCGAGCUCGACGCGAACUGGCGCAAGCUGCUAUUGACGUUCUCGAGCCGACUCCCCGAUUCCGAAUCACAGAGGCUAGGUCCCAGCUCGGACGCCAUACCUUUCGAUGACGGCAAGGGCGGCUUCGUCGGCGGCAUCGCCGUGGUGCACAAUCUGCACUGUAUCAACUAUAUCUACCAGACCAUGCACGUGGACUACUACUUCCCAAACAUCACCGAGAAGCAGCAGAGUAAACAAAAGAGCCACCUUGCACACUGCCUUCACCACCUCCUGUCCUCGGCCAAGUGCCAAGCCGACAUGACACCGGUACUCCUGCACUGGACAGUGGACGACCACGUCCCAGUCCUGAAAUGGGACGGCGUGCAGCGGUCCUGCGUGGAUUGGGAGAGCUUGAUGAGCUGGGGGAAUGAGCAUUCCAUGACGCACUCUGAGACCAUGCCGUCAGUUUCAAAAAUGAAGCACCCCAUAUACGGUCACUUUGCCGAUGAGCACGGCAGGUUCAUCCUCGCGAACGCCGAGGGAGUGGUGGACUUUGAGGAGUUCUCGCAGAGGGCGGAUUACCAGCAAUGGGCGAGAGAGCAGGGCAUCGGAACGGGGAAGGAUGAUGCAGAGCGGUUCUUGGAGGAGUUUGCUAGGAAGCAAAAUGAGCAUAUUGGUCACUGA